AUGCUGUCUGCCCAUGCUCCUCCUGCCCAAGUAAGGAGUCAAGAUUGGCAAGUCCAGCUAGAGGAUUUGGUAGCCAGUUGCCGGGACGGUCUGGAAGCGGCAAAACAGCGGCAUUCAAAGCUACUCCAGGAGCUUUCUGCCGAGGAAACACUCCUAGCCGACUUGCAAGACCGUAUGGACCAGGCUGAGGAGAUGCUCCUGGACAUGCGCUACCUGAUCAAGUCCAGCCCCGCCGCGGCUGACCCGAACAUUUUUCAGAGGGAUGUUGGUGUGCUGAAUGCAACGAUGCGCUCGCCACACCCCACUCCUCCUGAUGAAGCGGGCCCGUUAUCUCCUGAAAGUGAUCGAGGAAAGUUCAGAUUCAAGGAAGAAGAGUCAAGCCAACCCCCGGUGAACCGAUCUAUCUUGUACGAAAUCGCCAGUCAGCCUCUAAAAGAACCAAUCAAUCCUAUUGGCCAGUCCACAACCAACAACUCAGAUCUGUUCCAGAAGCCGGUGGCUACUGCCGAGAGUGAUCAAGGUGUUUCUCAGCGGUUCAAUUCUUUCAACCCCCCAAGGCCUCAGGAUGCUCAGCCAUCAGGUGCAGUUCCCGCUCGUUCUAUGAAACGUUCCCAGACCCUUCCACAGCUGGCUACAUCAAGCAGCAAGAGUCGCAGUAGCUUUAAUGAGACUCCUGAGGGGCCGGCUUCUCCUGGUUCCUACUUACAGUCUAGCAAGGUGCCGCUCACCCGCACAGUCUCCACCAUGUCCACAACUAGUGAAAUGUCACAGGUAUCAGCAUCCCAUCCGCUUUUGGAAAGACUCACUGAAGUUGUCACUGAGGUGGAGUAUGGGCUUAUCGGCAAACUUCCUGCUCACAUGAGAACUCGCGGUGACCCAGUAGUUGUAUUGAAAUUGUCGGAAGGUGAGACAGUAUGGCACGUUUGCAAAUCCUAUACCCAGCUUGUCAAGCUUGAAAAGCUUCUCCGUCCAUUCUGUAAACAGUUGGGCCUGUCACUGCCGUGUUUCCCUGAUCGAGGCAUGUUCACCAACCAAACACCAGCGAACGUGGAUCAAAGAAACGAUAUGCUGACUGCGUUCAUUUCAGAGUUCCGCAAGGUCGCACAUGCUGAGGCGUUGACUGGAGUUUCAUUGCCCAUCAAGCAGAGACAGGUAGUGGGCGCUUUCAUGCUCUCUGACGUGGUAGAGCUAUCCGCUUCCAAGAACCCGAAAGGAUACCUUUUGCGCAAAAGCCGCUUUGGAAACUGGAAGUUGCGCUAUUACGUUGUUAACGGCUCAUUUUUAGACGUUUAUGAAACAAUCGAGAGCCCGCCUGUCGAAUCGAUCAGAAUCAAAGGUUCGACUGUGCGUUUUGUCGAGCCGCCCUUGAUCGGUAAUACCGACGAAAGAAACACUUUUGAGAUUCUCGACGCUCGUAAAAAACGAUCACUGUUUUGUGCAGACUGUCCUGCUACUCGGGAGAAGUGGGUUCAUACCUUGGCUGAUCUGUCUACGGCACCCCUUGUGCGGCCUUCAACUCUUCCUAUACCCUUGUUAUUUACUCGUUCGAAUUCUUUGCCCCCUGCUCUGAGGUUGAAUCGUACCAUUCAGCAUAUCCGUCGGCCUAGCAAUGCGGAGUCGUCAUUGAUGUUCACAGAGUCUGACGAUGCCGAGAAUAAUUCACAUGUGUCCAACUUGUCAGCUCAUCGUAAUUUCAGUGACUCCAUGGGGCUCCCCCAGCCACAUAGCCCGUCUUGGAGGUCGGUGUCAUCUGGCAAAUACGAUAGUUCGCAGCCCCGCAGAGUAUUUGGGGCGUCUUUGGAGUCCACUAUGAAGGUUGCCACUCGCACAUAUCAAGGUUGUGAGCUUCCUGCUAUUCUCGUGAGAUGCCUGGAGAUCUUGAACACGAAUGAUGCAUUGAAUGAAGAAGGACUUUUCCGCAUCACAGGUGCUCAGUCAAAACUCGACAAGCUUGAGGCUGCGUUCGAAAAGAAAGGUGACCUCGAUUUGAAAGCUGCCUGCGACGAUGUGCAUGUGGUUGCGACCCUCUUGAAGCGGUAUCUGAGAAGCCUUCCUGACUCUUUCUUACCUGGCGCAGACGAUACGUCAUUGAGAAACUUUGUGGGGCUUGAUGGGCCUGCGCGUGUAGCUUAUGCCGCUCAAACAGUACAGCGCUUGCCUGAGUUACACUAUAAUGUCCUUGUGUCGGUUAUUGCUCUGCUUGUUAGAGUAACAAAGCACGAGCACUCUAAUAAGAUGACCAGCAGAAAUGUGAGCAUUGUCUUGUCUCCAUCCCUUAAUGUACCCUCUGAAGUCAGUCUAAUCUGGAUCGAGAACUUUUCUGCUAUUUUCAAGCUUCAACAAUAA